AUGAGCCGCCAGUUCAGUUCUCAGUCUGCAUUUAGCUCGAGGAGCAGGAGGGCCUAUAGCUCCAGGUCUUCAUCAGGCUUUGGAGGUGGGAGACAGGCUCUGGUGUCUGUGAGUCAGUCAAGGAGGUAUGGAGGUGAUUAUGGUGGUGGGUUCAGUUCCAGAAGUCUCUACAGUCUGGGUGGUAGUAAAAGCAUCUUUGGGUACCUAGUGGGACGAAGUGCCAGUGGUUUCUGCCAGGGUAGAGGACCAGGAGGAGGAUUUGGAGGAGGAAUUGGAGGAGGAAUUGGAGGAGGAAGAAGCUUUGGUGGAGGUGGCUUUGGUGGUGGCUAUGGCGGAGGUGGCAGAUUUGGAGGUGGUUUUGGGGGUGCUGGAUUUGGGCUUGGGGGCUUCGGUCCUUCUUAUCCUCCUGGGGGCAUCCAUGAGGUGACUAUUAAUCAGAGUCUCCUGGAGCCUCUUCACCUGGAGGUGGAUCCUGAAAUUCAGAGGGUCAAGACCCAGGAGCGGGAACAGAUCAAGACUCUCAACAACAAGUUUGCCUCCUUCAUCGACAAGGUGCGGUUCCUGGAGCAGCAGAACCAGGUGCUACAGACAAAAUGGGAGCUGCUGCAGCAGGUGAACACCUCCACCCGGACCAGCAGCCUGGAGCCAGUCUUCGAGGAGUUCAUCAGUCAGCUACAGAGGCAGGUGGAUGUCCUGACCACCGAGCAGUUGCGCCAGAACACGGAGAUCAGGAACAUGCAGGAUGUCGUGGAGGACUACAAGAACAAGUAUGAAGAUGAAAUCAACAAGCGGACCAAUGCAGAGAAUGACUUUGUUGUUCUGAAGAAGGAUGUGGAUGCUGCUUUCAUGGGCAAAUCAGACUUGCAGUCCAGAGUGGACACACUGUAUGGGGAGAUCAACUUCCUGAAAUAUCUAUUUGAUACGGAGCUGUCCCAGAUACAAACCAAUGUCAGUGAUACCAAUGUCAUCUUGUCAAUGGACAAUAACCGCUUCCUGGACCUGGACAGUAUCAUCGAUGCCGUACGCGCCCAAUAUGAAAUAAUUGCACAGAAGAGCAAAGAUGAGGCUGAGGCCCUGUACCAGACCAAGUACCAGGAGCUGCAGAUCACAGCUGGGAAACAUGGAGAUGAAGUGAAGAAUAGCAAGAUGGAGAUCUCAGAGCUCAACCGUAACAUCCAGAGGCUGCGGGCAGAGAUCGCCAGUAUCAAGAAGCAGAUCGAACAGAUGCAUGGAUCGAUUUCCGAUGCAGAGGAGAGAGGAGAAAGGGCUCUCCAGGAUGCCAAGCAGAAGCUGCAAGAUUUGGAGGAGGCUCUCCAGCAGUCUAAGGAGGACCUGGCCAAGCUGCUGAGAGAUUACCAGGCAAUGCUGGGGGCCAAGCUGUCCUUGGACGUAGAGAUCGCCACCUACCGCCAGCUUUUGGAGGGCGAGGAGAGCAGGAUGUCGGGGGCGCUGCAGAGUCAAGUGAGCGUCUCGGUGCAGAGUAGCCAGGUGACUAUUGGCGGCGGCGGCGGCGGCUUAGGAGGUUACAGCGGCAGCUCCCGCGGAGGCGGUGGCAGCGGCGGAGGAACUGGCUCCCGCGGCGGCGGCGGUAGUUACGUCUCGAGCAGCAGAAGCAGCAGCAAGUACCGCAGCGGCGGCGGCUCUUCCCGCACGCAGAUCCUGCAGACCUCCACCCACAGCUCGCGUAGGCACGUGGUGGAGUAGCAGCCAAGUCAUUGCACUUCUACAGCCUUCUCCCCCAAUCCCUCCCGGGCUCCCUCACCUAUCUUUUCCCAAUGGGUCUCAGUAAAUUUCCAGGUGACACUCAGACUCUAGGAGAGAAAGAGACACAUGCUCACAUAGGCAUCUCCCCGCUGGUCUUGACACUGUCCUGAUCCUCAUUGGCUUUGCCCGGCAACCAAGAAAAAGAACUCGGCGAACGACUUCACUAAGAACCUCAGUCCCAGGUCCCUGUUCCUAAUCUGGGCAGUUCAGUAAAUAUUAACCCACCGCGCGGCGGCCCACCGAAAUCCCUAUUGCAAGGCAAGCUCGCUUAGUGAGGGGGACAUCUGAGCCAAGAGCCUUUGGGACCCUUUGCUCUGCAGGCUCAUGCUCUUUCACCAUGACAGAAAGGGUAGGUUUGUUGUUCUGAUUGGUACCUGUAGGACAAGCCUGUGCUGACCUGUGUCAUCCACUGGUUAACAGUUGGUUUGGAGACUUAAGGAAGACUGUCCUUAGCAGUGGGUGUGGAUAGGAUAGGGUGGUCAAUCAAGUUCUGUUUCUGUCCCUUCCCCUUCCAGCAAACCCCCCCCCCCCCGAAUUUAGAGCCGCCCCUUCCCUGCUGAGAAGUGCUCAAAUGUCAGGCACCUGUGGGGCAGCCCUGCUCCUUGCAAAUGCCUGGGCCAGGGGAAUGAGAGUUGCUGACUUGGGUUGUGGAGCGAUCCAGCCUUAUGCAAAUCUGGAAAUGCAAACAACUCAAGUUCUCAGUUAGUCCCUUCUGCUCUCUGAUUCAGAGCACCCUGUCAGACUUUGUCUCCUAAUUUAAAUUUAAAUUUACAGUUCUAUCAGAAAUACUUGAGCUGUGCUGAGGGGGCAGGAAGAGGAAAGUACCAGCCAAUGAACAGUCACGAGAGAGAGAGAGGGAAUAUGCCUUUGCUUUGUGUUCUGGAGACCCCUUGACUUGCUUGCCUAGUCCCUACAACCACUGAGUCUAUAAUUCUGUCCGGGAGAGCUUCUCUGCAGGGGCUGCUGGGUAAUGCUUGUGACCUCAUUUCCUGGUUGGAAGCUGAACUCUGAAGGGCUUGACAGUUCUGUUUUUUUGUUUUUUUUUUUUUUUUUUCUUUUUUUCCUACAAUAAAUUUCUCUGUGAUCUCUAUA